UAUAAAUAACUUUUUCUCGUGUGCUUUGGCUUCUCUCAGUCUUGGAGUAGCUAUGGCGUUUCGGAGACGAAACCCUAGUCUUCUCUUUCUCGUUGCCUUCUCUCUGCUAGCGAUCGCAUCGGCCGAAGUUUUCUUUGAAGAGCGUUUUGACGAUGGUUGGGAGAGCCGGUGGGUUAAAUCUGACUGGAAGAAAGACGAGAACACGGCUGGGGAGUGGAACUAUACUAGCGGUAAAUGGAAUGGAGAUCCUAAUGAUAAAGGCAUCCAAACCAGUGAAGACUACAGGUUCUACGCAAUCUCAGCGGAGUUCCCCAAAUUGAGCAAUAAGGAUAAGACGUUAGUUUUCCAAUUUUCUGUUAAGCAUGAACAGAAGCUUGACUGUGGCGGCGGCUACAUGAAGUUGCUUGGCAGUGAUAUUGAUCAAAAGAAAUUUGGUGGUGAUACUCCAUAUAGUAUUAUGUUUGGUCCAGAUAUCUGUGGCUACAGUACCAAGAAAGUCCAUGCCAUUCUUGCAUACAAUGGAACAAAUCACUUGAUCAAGAAGGAUGUUCCUUGUGAGACCGACCAGUUGACUCAUGUCUAUACAUUCAUUCUGCGACCAGAUGCUACCUACAGCAUUCUGAUUGACAAUGUGGAGAAGCAAACUGGUAGCCUGUACUCUGAUUGGGACCUUCUACCACCAAAGAAAAUAAAGGAUCCUGAGGCCAAAAAGCCUGAAGAUUGGGAUGAUAAAGAAUACAUUCCUGAUCCCGAAGAUAAGAAGCCAGAGGGUUAUGAUGAUAUCCUAAAGGAGAUACCAGAUCCUGAUGCCAAAAAGCCCGAAGACUGGGAUGAUGAGGAAGAUGGUGAAUGGACACCCCCAACAAUAGCUAAUCCUGAAUACAAGGGUCCAUGGGAGCCCAAGAAAAUUAAGAAUCCCAACUAUAAGGGAAAGUGGAAGGCACCCAUGAUUGACAACCCUGAUUUUGUGGAUGAUCGUAACAUCUAUGUGUAUCCAAACUUGAAAUAUGUUGGAAUAGAGUUGUGGCAGGUAAAAUCUGGAACUCUGUUCGACAAUGUCUUGAUUUGUGAUGACCCAGAGUAUGCAAAGAAGCUGGCUGAGGAAACAUGGGGCAAGCAUAAGGAUGCUGAGAAGGCAGCAUUUGAUGAGGCAGAGAAGAAGAGAGAGGAGGAGGAAUCGAAGGAUGAUCCUGUGGAUUCUGAUGGUGAGGAUGAAGAUGACGCUGAUGCAGAUGCAGAUGAUGAUGCUGAUGACGGUACGACGGAAGAUGCAGAGAGUACAGAAGAAAAUGCACAUGAUGAACUGUAGGUAGAGAGAGCCAUUCUAGAGAACAUGGACGCUGAGGAGGUCAACAUUUUUCCUCUGGUUGUUUGUUUUUAGCUUUAGUCUCUUUUAGGAAAAGCCAGUGGCUAAUUGCUUCAGUGCCCUCACUUGAUUCCGCGAGUAUGAGAACAAAGGAGAGACUUGAACUAUUUUGAUAUUCAGCAAGACAUAUAGACUGGAGUUUAUAUUUAUGCUAAAUGAUCCUGUCUUGACA